CUUUACCAACAGGGCCGCUUGUGCCAGCUGGGUAGUGAAUUUUGUGAACUAGAAGUUUUUGCAAAGGUGCUACGGGCUUUAGAUAAAAGACAUCUGCUCCACCACUGUUUCCAGGCUCUGAUGGACCAUGGAGUCAAGGUUGCUUCAGUCCUGGCCUAUUCCUUCAGCAGACGGUGCUCCUACAUUGCAGAGUCAGAUGCUGCUGUGAAAGAAAAAGCAAUCCAGAUUGGCUUUGUCUUAGGGGGGUUCCUGUCAGAUGCAGGCUGGUACAGUGAUGCUGAGAAGGUUUUCCUUUCCUGCCUUCAGCUGUGCACCCUCCACGAUGAAAUCCUUCACUGGUUCCGUGCUGUGGAGUGCUGUGUGAGGUUGCUGCACGUCCGGAACGGGAACUGCAAGUACCACCUGGGAGAGGAGACCUUCAAGCUGGCGCAGUCGUACAUGGAGAAGCUGGCCAAGCACGGGCAGCAGGCCAACAAGGCGGCGCUGUACGGCGAGCUGUGCGCGCUGCUCUUCGCCAAGAGCCACUACGACGAGGCCUAUAAGUGGUGCAUAGAAGCCAUGAAGGAGAUCACAGUUGGGCUGCCUGUGAAGGUGGUGGUGGAUGUGCUACGACAGGCAUCAAAGGCCUGCGUGGUGAAACGGGAGUUCAAGAAGGCAGAGCAGCUCAUAAAGCACGCCGUGUACCUUGCCAGGGAGCAUUUUGGAGCCAAGCACCCCAAGUACUCUGACACGCUACUAGACUACGGAUUUUACCUGCUCAAUGUAGACAACAUCUGCCAAUCUGUUGCCAUCUAUCAGACAGCGCUCGAUAUCCGGCAGUCGGUGUUUGGAGGUAAAAACAUCCACGUAGCCACAGCUCAUGAGGACUUGGCUUAUUCUUCAUAUGUCCACCAGUACAGCUCUGGCAAAUUUGACAAUGCACUAUUCCAUGCUGAACGUGCUAUUGGCAUUAUCACUCACAUUCUCCCUGAAGACCAUCUCCUCCUGGCUUCUUCAAAGAGAGUUAAAGCACUUAUCCUGGAGGAGAUUGCCAUAGACUGUCACAACAAGGAGACAGAGCAGAGGCUGCUCCAGGAGGCCCAUGACCUGCACCUGUCCUCGCUGCAGCUGGCUAAAAAAGCCUUUGGGGAGUUCAACGUGCAAACAGCCAAACACUACGGCAACCUGGGCAGACUGUAUCAGUCCAUGAGGAAGUUCAAGGAAGCAGAGGAAAUGCACAUCAAGGCCAUCCAGAUCAAGGAGCAGCUCCUAGGGCAGGAGGAUUAUGAAGUUGCCCUCUCUGUGGGCCAUCUCGCCUCCCUCUACAACUAUGACAUGAACCAGUAUGAAAAUGCUGAAAAGCUUUAUCUGAGAUCCAUAGCAAUUGGAAAGAAGCUUUUUGGUGAAGGAUACAGUGGACUUGAAUACGAUUACAGAGGUCUCAUUAAACUGUACAAUUCCAUUGGCAAUUAUGAGAAGGUGUUUGAGUACCACAACAUUUUGGCCAACUGGAACCGGUUGCGGGACCGGCAGUUCUCGGUGACGGAUGCGCUGGAGGACGUCAGCACCAGCCCCCAGUCCACGGAAGAAGUGGUCCAGUCUUUUCUGAUGUCUCAGAACCUCGAGGGACAGAGCAGCUAAGAACUUGGUCAAUUAACCAGUUAAGGUUUUUGCCCCCAGGUUACAGGGGGAAAAGUCAUACUGUGAAAUCUAAACCAUGUAGUUCUCUGGGGGCUGGAAUUUGCGUUGAAACACUGGUCCAGUCUACUGAAGAGUGCCCAUACGGAUGAAUGUGUGUUAAAUUCCUCUCAGCAUGUGUAUGGCAUGUUUAGUUCGGCUCACGUUUUUAACUUGGUAUUCCCAAAAAACCCCCUUCUCUCUCUCUUCUUUCAAAAGAAGCUACUUUGCAGAAAGUCUGCAAGAAAACAUUAAAUAAAACUGUUUGAGUUCAAAAGAGUUGCAUUCUUAUUACGGAUGGAAGGUUUCAUCGAGAGCUUUCUGCUGAUUGACAGAGAGAACAAAAGCUGUACUCUGAGGAGCUGUAGGAGAAAGGUCUUGCUGCUGUAUCACUGUAGCAAAGUUGAUGGUAAAUAGCCAGCAAAGGGAGAUGUGCUGGCCUUGGCUGCUGCCUUACCAAGAGAAGUGGCAAAGACCCACUCUGGAGAGCACCCUCGCUCAGUGAGUGCCAGCUGUGCUGUUGUGGAUGCCCUGAACUGGACCAGUACAGAUCCCACAGACCAGCAAGCACAGUGGCCUCGGUGCCACCACCAGUGCUCCCCUGGGCAGGACCAGGACACCACGGUGGACCAGCCUGCUAGAGACCCGUUUUGGACCAGUGGCUUUAAUUUAAUAUUUCUGCCCCUGCAUUCACUUUGACAGUAGAACUCUCUCAUUUAGGUGUCUGAUCAGUGCAAAUGAUAUCCAUGUGAUAGAUCCAGAGCUAGGAAGUGAAUUGAUGGUUUGUCUGUACCCAGUGAGCUUCUGCAGAGAUUGCUGGCAGUGCCACAGCUCCCCCAUCCCUCUGCUGCAGCCACUCCUCCUUUCCUCUCCCAUGGGCUCUCUCUGCUCCCAGAGGCCACACCGUGUUCAUACCAGUCAAGAGUUUUGUAUUCCAGUCCAGUUCCAUUUUCUGUUUCUGGAGAACACAACUUACUGUACAGGUCGCAGGGGUCAGUGAAAAUGCCAAAAAGCACAACAGGUCUUUUUUUUUGUGAUGCUUCAUUUCUACAUUAAACAAGAGUACAACCAGAAACCGAUUCCUUACGUUAAUUUACGCAGCAGAGCUCAGCUGUACAGACCCUCUGAGAAUGCCUCUCUCACUAGCUUGUCUUAAUUCUUCUGUUGGGGGCUGUGUGCUUGUGUGGGUUUGGGUUCAGGUGUUGUUUUGGGGUUUGUUUUAUUUCCUAAUGUUGGGUAAGAUUUGCAAGUCUGUGUGACACAAACUGGAACCGACUCGCUGCUGUUACCUCAGCUGUGCCCUGGAUCUGGGAUUCUGUGGCUUCUGUCACUUUGGGGCUCUCUCCCCCUCUUUUCAGGGUUUGUACCGUGGCCAGUCCUGCAGGGCUGGGACUGGAUGUUCUGUUUGGGGUCUGGUUUCUGUUGGUUUAUGGGGUUUGUGGCAGGGAAAGCUGCUGGAUGAUCUUCAGGGAAGAAAUAGAGGUUUUGGACAUGACUUGGAGCUUAAUGGCUCUUCUAAGUGAAAUUUUACAGGCCAAUAGUUCAUAUUCUGGUGCCUUCAAAUGUUUUUUUUUGGGGGGGGGGGGAAAGCUGGGUAAUAUCAACUUUAAAAUGCAAUGACAUAAUUAGUGAAUGCAGAUUAAUGAUUGCAUAUUUAGAAUAUCUUCACUGAGGUGAAAAGAAGUAUUUGCAUAAAACCCCCUGUGGUAUUAGGACUUAACUGCAGUGUGUCUGCAACAGCUGCUCAGUGAAAAUCCAACUUAGUUAUGUGUGGAUUUAAAAUGUGAUUUAUUUAUAGCAGUUUUUGUUUAUGACUGUGUAGGAGCUACAGACAAAUUCAGCUAUACAAGGCAAAACCUUCUCCCUGAAUGCCUGUGGCACUGACGAGUUAGAAAGUUCUUACGAGUUCUUAAAUCCUUUUAAAAGGUAUUUAAAGUUAAACAAAGUUUGUAGCAGUGUCAGGACUUGGGCAGGAAAGUGGCUUAAAGCUGUGCUGAAGAACCUGAGUGAUUCUGUGCUGCAGGAGUGCUGGGGCUCCCAGCUGGGUGCCUGGGUUUGCACUGACCUGGCUGGAGAUCAUUCACCCGCUCUGUUCCAGCCCUGGGCUCUGCAGCUUUUGGCCAAGGAGCCCCGGAGGUGUUUGGGGUGAGGAGCAUUGACUGACUGACACCACUGCCUGCCUGAGCCCUGCUCCUGCUCCAGCCCUGGCUGUGUCCCUGUUUGUGCUUUCAUUCAGCUCAGGGCAGCCGGGCAGGAGCUGUGCUGGACGUGCCUGCGUUGGUUUGUUGGUGCUCUGAUGGCUGCUCCUGUGUCCUUCCAGAGCUGCCUCAGCGCUGGAGGGAGGGCCCAAAGCUCCCUGGGAGCCCCUUUGGCCCAGGGGCUGUGGGGGUGACCCGAGAGGGCUCCAGGGUUCCUCCUGUGCCUGCAGGGAGCCCUGCCUGGGGCUGAGCUGCCCCUGCAGCUCCACCGGGCCAGGGCAGGUCCCUCGUGCAGCUGUGGCUGAUUGCUGACACUGCUGGGCAGGGCUGGGCAGGAUGAUGCUGCAGCUGCAGGGACAGCACAGGAGUGACCCCGGCAGGCUUUGGUUGUGUCUCCCAGGUGGAGCUGUUGGAAGGUUUGUGUUGGCACCUGCAGCCUGGCUGGGAUGCUGUGCUGCUGCUGCUGUUUGUUGCUCUCUCUGCUCCCACAGUUUGUUUGGUGCUGUUGAGCAGUGGGAGGCUGCUGGGAUGGUGCCAGAGGCAGGUACAGGACUCGUUGGGGUGGCUCUUGCAGCAUGAGCCCAGUGCUGCCCACUCUGCCCCUGCAGGGCCUGCAGUGCCUCUGGGGGUUUCCAUGGGUCAGUACGGGGUGGGGGCCUGGCAGGUGGAACAUCCAUCCAGGAAGGAAUGGUUGGCAUUUCCAGACACACAAGGUGCCCACACAGGGGCUGUGUGGUGCUGGCAGUGAGAGGGCAGACCUGGGAGUGGCAAUCCUGUGAAAUGCAUCUUCUCCUUGAAGGUGAGUAAAGGAAUCACCCCAGAGUCACUGGCUGCAAGUGGUGAGCACGGGUGUCGCCUUAAGGUAAAUUAUUUUCACUCUUGAUGGAGUUAAACCCUCAGUAUUUGACUUUGUGUGAGGUUGUUUGGGUCAGUGAGGGGGGAGCUUGCUGGAGGUGCCAUUGCUGCUGCUCAUGGUACAAAAUGCACAUUGAAGUUCAUUCCCUUUCAGUCCUGAGUGCGGGAGGGCACAGGAGGAGGAACCGGCCGUGCCUCAAACGGGGGAAGGUGUUGGCAGAGCCUCCCUCGGGUGAUGGGCAUGGGCUCGGGCAGGGCAGGUGCUGCUGGGACCAAGCUUUCAGCAGAUCCUUCCUCCUGCUGCCUGUGCAGAGCCUGGCUUUACCUGGGACUCCUUGUUCCCUUAUCAGAUAAUUCCUGGCCAGUGUCAGCCCAAAGCUGCCUCUGCAUUGAGGGGGUGUUUGACGCUGCUGGGCCCUGGGAGGGCUUUGGGGAGAAGUGGGGAAAAUUUCCUUUAGAAAUCAACUCCAGAACCUGCAGAGAGUUGGCAGCACUGGGAAUGCUUUGUCCCUCAAUCUCAGGAACGUUGUGGGCAGUGGCACAGGUGUCCCUGGCUGUGGGCAGUGUGUGCUCUGGGGUCUCGUAUUCCACUACUCCUUGCAAUCCUCGGUAUCUAUAGCAUGAGUGGCCUUAGUGAGUUUGUUGAAGUGCACAUUUUUUUUUUUCUUUUCAAAAGUAAAUUUUAAGAUGAAAAAGAUAUAUACUAUAUAAAUAUAUAGAGAUAUUUAGAAACUUGGUUUGUGGUGCACAAGUUCAGUGUUGGAUCGCUAAAUACUCGUCGCAGGUACCAUAUGUGUAACUUUUCUUUUCUGUAUAUUCCUUUCUGGGAAGCAAUGUUGCCAUGGUAACUACAACUUUACAAUUUCUUUACUACUUAAUGAUGUGAAUGAAUUCUACAUUUUAUUGGAUAUUACCGGGUUCAGUACUAUUUUUAUACUUUAUUGAACUACAGGGGAUUUUAAUUUAAUAGCAUUAAAAAAAAAAGAAAAAGAUGUUGCUUGAACUGUAUAACUGUAUAAAUUGAACUAAUUACACAAAGCCACCUCUAAACCAGAAUCUCCACCUGUAGUGCCACAUUCAUUUAUAUAAAAGUAUCUUGCUCAUUACCAGGCCCUGCAGCCCCUCCCUGUUGUGUCAGGACAGUUUCCUACCCCCCCUCUCCUGCCACCCUUUGUGCCCACGGAGCCAUCUCUGUUUGUAACCAGCAUUGUGAUAUUCUGUAACUGUAUUGCUCAAAUGAAAUAUUGACCUAAUAAAUAGAGUGUUCCUGCA